AUGAAUCGACAAACUCCAGAUUAUAUCAUUGAUCCAGACGGUGAAGUGAUCAUAGUAUUGCGCGAUGCAGACUCGCCUUUCGCACAAGCGCUUGAAGACACUCUCACUGGCAUGACCCCUCCAGCACCCGGCCAUUAUACCCAGAGUCCUGCAGAAGUGAUCGAACCCCCACAAACCAAUUCAGAGAAUCAGCGGACAUCUCCUGAACUAGCACCGAUCGAAGACCCUGCUGCCGAAGAGCAAAUCGAUGAACCGCUUGUCAAGAACUGUUUCUACAUCCAAGUCUCCGCAAAACAUUUAAUGUUUUCAUCCCCAAUGUUCAAAAGCAUGCUCACCGGUGGUUGGAAGGAAAGCGUCAAUUUUCUGCAAAAAAGCUCAGUUGAAAUUACUGCAGAGGGCUGGGGCAUCGAAGAGUUCUUGAUUGUACUCCGUGCUCUUCAUGGGAAAUACUACCACAUACCGCGAAAGCUGACCCUCGAGAUGCUCGCCAAAGUCGCUGUCAUAGCGGAUUACUAUGAAUGCAAGGAAGCUUUGUAUGUUAUGACAGACGUCUGGACCAACAAUCUGGAGGAAAAGUUUCCUACGAGAUAUUCUCGGAAUUCGAUGUUGUGGGUAUGGGUUUCCUGGUUUUUCCAGCUUCCUUCCCCGUUCAAAGAGACAACAUCGACUGUUAUGUCAUGCAGCGAAAAUUCGAUCAAUUCUUGGGGGCUUCCGAUCCCUGAUAAGGUUAUUGGAUUGAUGAACCAAUCGAGAGAGGAGGCUAUCAACAAUGUGCUUUCCAUCCUUCAUGAAACACGCGAGGCCCUCCUGGGCGGCAGUCGAGGCUGUCGCUUUGAGUGUAGGGCAAUCAUGUAUGGAGCUCUUACGAUACAGAUGCAGUCAAGUGAUCUUCUUUCACAGAAGUCUGCUGCCCCCUUUCCAAAUUUGAAUUACAAAUAUCUGAGGCGGAAGGUAUUGUCCUUCAAAUCACCAACAUGGCCUGAUUUAUGCUCGAGGUAUGGGGGUUAUGACCACACGUGUUUGGACUCAUCCUUCGGAUCCUUAUUUGCGAACUUGAAGGAAUGUAUUGAAGGCUUGGACCUAAAUAGCCUUGAUUUCUCAUGA